GAAAAGCAAAGCUGCCAUUUCACUCUCCACCUCACAUCACAUAUCAUUCAUCCCUCUCACAAAUUCAAAUUGGAGCUUACAAGCUUCAAUGGAGUUGAAGUUUCAAUCCUAAGAGGAAAUCACACCAUUGUUAUUCUCUGUUAGUUCUCAAGUUUCAUUCACAAUGGGAGAAGAAAACGUAGCAGAGAAGAGGUCCAAUACCAAGGGUCCGUCAAAAUUUGCCGAUCAAAAUCAGAAUCCAAAGCUUCAAAAUGCGAAAGGAAAUUCGAAUCACUCGAAACCUAGGUUAUCAUCUUCCUGGGGAGCACACAUUGUCAAAGGCUUCACCGCAGACAAGAAAACGAAACCGCAAGCGACGGCCCCGAACAAGAAACAACCUCUGGCGAAUUCAGUAGCAGUGCCCACUCAUUCAAGAGUCAAGAGAUCUCUCAUCGGUGAUUUGUCGUGCUCGAUGCAUGUUGCUCAGGUUUAUCCGAAUCUGACGCAUCGGAGACAGUCGUCGACGGACUUGUUUACUGAGUUGGAUCAUAUGAGAAGCCUUCUUCAAGAAUCGAAGGAGAGAGAGUUGAAGCUGCAAGCAGAACUGUCUGAGUGUAAGAGAAAUCAAAAGGAGCUUGAAGAUGAUAAAACUAAGCUUGCUGAGCAGUUAGCUGCUUUAACAACAUGCGUUUCAGAAAGACAAGAAGAACAAGAGGUGAAAGGAGUCCUCAAGGAUAGUACUCAGAAUCUGGAGCUUGAGGUUGUUGAAUUGAGGCGAUUGAAUAAGGAGCUACAGAUGCAAAAAAGGAACCUCACUUGCAGACUCUCUUCUUUGGAGUCUCAGAUGUCUUGUCUUGCUAAAUCUUCAGAGAGUGAUAUUAUAGCGAAAAUCAAAGCCGAGGCAUCAUUGCUCAGACUGACAAAUGAAGAUCUGUGCAAGCAAGUAGAAGGUUUACAAAUGAGCAGGUUAACUGAGGUUGAAGAACUUGCCUAUCUAAGGUGGGUAAAUUCAUGCUUAAAAAACGAGUUGAAGAAUUCAUCAUGCUCAACGCCUGAUUCUGUUGAUAAGCCUUCCUCAUGCCCUCGCUUAUUCGAGAAUAGUGUAAAUAGUUUCAAUUUAAUGAAGCCGCCAAAGAAAUGGCCCAUAAGUAGUGACCAUUUGUCACAAGUAGAAGAAUGCCCAGAUAGUCUUAUAGGGAGAAGCCCCAGAAGAAGGCACUCUAUUAGUGGAUCGUCAAAUUGUUCAGAGGAAGACACCGCAUUAAGUAAGAGGAGACAAUCUGAUUAUUUCUUAUGCACAAAAGAAAUGGAAAAACAAUCUGAUUUGGAGAUUGUCCAAAGGCCACAAUGUUUGGGGAGCUUCCAAGAAGCAAACAAACUUUUGGCUUCUUCAGAUGUUGAGAAAAGGGCCUUGCGUAUUCCUAAUCCACCUCCAAGGCCAUCUUCAUAUUCUAUGUCUAGUAAUUCAAAACAAGAAAAUACCAGUCAAGUCCCACCUCCACCUCCUCCUCCUCCUCCACCACCACCACCUCUGAAUUUUGCACAGAGGAGUAGUAACACAGGAGGGAUGGUGAAACGAGCUCCACAAGUAGUGGAAUUGUACCAUUCACUCAUGAAGAGAGAUUCUAGAAAGGAUUCUUCAAAUGGUGGACUUUCCGAUGCACCAGAUGUUGCUGACGUUCGUAGCAGCAUGAUUGGAGAAAUUGAAAACCGCUCGUCACAUUUGCUUGCUAUAAAAGCAGAUGUUGAGACACAAGGGGAAUUUGUAAAUUCUUUGAUUAGAGAGGUAAACAAUGCAGUUUAUCAGAACAUAGAAGAUGUAGUGGCAUUCGUGAAGUGGCUGGAUGAUGAACUCUGCUUCCUCGUGGAUGAGAGAGCAGUCCUAAAGCAUUUUGAUUGGCCAGAAAAGAAAGCUGACACAUUACGAGAAGCCGCGUUCGGAUACAGAGAUCUGAAAAAAUUGGAGACUGAAGUGUCGUCUUACAAGGACGAUCAGCGGCUACCUUGUGAUAUUUCUCUAAAGAAAAUGGUUGCAUUAUCAGAAAAGAUGGAGCGUACUGUUUAUAACCUUCUCCGCACAAGAGACUCUUUGAUGCGCAACUGCAAGGAGUUCCGAAUCCCUGUAGAAUGGAUGCUUGAUAACGGAAUCAUUGGAAAGAUAAAGCUAGUCUCAGUUAAACUGGCAAAAAAGUAUAUGAAAAGGGUAGCUAUGGAACUUCAAACCAAGGCAUCAACAGAAAAAGAUCCUGCAAUGGACUACAUGCUUCUCCAAGGAGUGAGAUUUGCGUUCAGAAUCCAUCAGUUUGCUGGGGGAUUUGAUGCAGAAACAAUGCAUGCGUUUGAAGAACUUCGCAAUCUUGCAUGUUUGCUUAACAAAACAUAAGAGAAGGGAACAGGUGGCUAUGGCUUGAGCUUACCUUCUCAGUAAGCUAUGAGAAUACAAAUUAUAGUGGAUUUGAUUUCACGUUAUAAACUAUUGAAACUAUAGUUUUGGUGAAAGCAAGUAAUUACUUGUUAUCAUCCAAACUAUGGUUUUAAUGAUUUCUAAAUAUAAAACCAAACACGCUAUCAAAUUUCGUGGGUUUGGUUUUUGUUUCCACAUCCCUUGAAAAUUAUAAAAAGAAAGGGGAAAAUUUUGUUUUAUAUUUUCGAAUCUUUUGAAUAGAUCUCCCUCAGGUGUUGAUUGGAAAUUUGCUGUAAGAUUCGCAUGGCUUUUUAGAAUGACUAUUGAUUAAGUUGUGCAACACCAAUGGGUGGAUUUGGUAAGUGCGCUUUUUGGUUUUAAUUUUUGUUGUAUGCUCAAAAGAGGGAAUAUCAUAAUGUUGCGGUUAAAGUUCAUGGAAUUAUAUAUGAGCAUAAAUAAAGAG